CAACUUCCGUUUUAAGUUGGCGCGAAAUGGACAUUAACAAAUGUGUAUAUUUCCCCAUUUUUUGAUACACAAAAACUUCAAACACUAUGGACAUAAGAAGUUUUUUCACUGCUAAGUCUAGCAAGAAAUCAGAUGGAGGAAAAGAGACACUGACAAAAGAAGAGUCAAAAAGCAAAGAGACAUCCAAGAAAUUGACCAGUAAAGAGAAAACUAGUAAGGCAGAUAAAAUCAGUUCCCAUAAAAAACAGACUCCCAAAAAAUCCACAGAACAAAAGGACACCAGGAAAAAGAAAAUCUAUGUACUAGACAGUGAUUCUGAUUCUGAAUUUCAUGACACCUCACAGAAAGAAACUGGUAAAAAAUCUAAAGAUGACAAAGCCAGGAGUAAGACUGGGAAGAAAAAGAUUUCUGAAGACAGUGAUGAAGAUGAAGUACAGAUGAAAAAAGGCAAAAGGAAACGUCAUCAGGUGAGUAGCGAGGAUGAAGAAGUCGUGGCCUCAAAACAGAAAUGGAAGUCAAAGAGAAGGCUGGACUCUGAUUCAGAAGAAGAUGUCAAGGAAACAAAAAGGAAGAGCAGUAAAAAGUCCAAGUCACCUCAUGCAGAUUCAGAUGAGGAAAAGCCCAUGAAAACAACACUUGAUGCCUUUUUAAAGACACCAAGUCCCAAAAAACAUCUGAAUAAUGAUGGAAAGAAGGAGACCAAAAGUGUCACAAAAACUCCUGUGAGUGUUCAGGACUUCUUUGGAGGAGAAUCCGUGAAGCGGUCCAACAAAAAGGUGGCAGCCAAACACAUAAUGGGUAAAACAGAAGAACCCAUGGUGUAUGAUGUAGAAAUGCAUGAAGACGAUGACUUCCAGAAAACUCUAGACAUGGCAGAUGAAAGCAAACCAAAAAGAGUAAAAACUGAAGACAAGCAGGAAUUAUCAAAUACAGGUGGUAAGCAGAGUCUAUCCAGUAAACUGGCCUCCAGAAUACAGGCUUGUGAUGAAAGUGAUGUCAUUCCUGAUACACCAACAGCAAACAAGAGUCAGUUUACUAAGAUCUCAGAGAAAAAGGAAUCACCAAAGAAACCUGAACAGAAGAAGGUAUCUCCCAAAAAAGCUACCCCCAAAAAAGCCUCUCCUGUCAAGUUUACUCCUAAGAAGUCCCACCCUGCCGAGAGUGAGACUGCAGCCACUCCAAGGUCUGAAGAAAGCAGCACCCCAAGGCCAAAGGCCAGUCCCACUAAAGUAUCACCAGAAACUCCGUCCUUGGCCAAAAAAGGCAGCACAUAUCGGAGUUACCUGAACAGAGAAGGCCCACAAGCAUUAGGAUCUAAGGAAAUCCCAGAGGGUGGAGAAAACUGUUUAGAGUCCUUGACCUUUGUAAUAACUGGAGUGUUGGAGUCGAUGGAGCGUGACGAGGCUAAGAGUCUUAUAGAGAAAUACGGCGGGAAGGUGACGGGGAACGUCAGUAAAAAGACUAGUUACCUAGUGACAGGACGGGAUUGUGGGGAAAGCAAACUGGCCAAGGCCAGGAGUUUUGGAACCAAACAAAUAGAUGAGGAUGGUUUACUGGACCUGAUCAGAACACUACCUGGGAAACGAUCCAAGUAUGAAGUUCAGGCAGCUGAACAGGUGAAAAAGGAGUCAUUUUCAAAAAAGACAUCAGCACCCCCAGUGAAGUCUAUAGUGUCUGAAUCAAAAUCUCAGCCCAAAACAGAAACAAAAGACUCUGUGUCCCCCACAAACAGUCAAUCAAGUGAGAGCAGUAAGUCUGUGGAGGAAAGCCUGAUGUGGGUAGAUAAGUAUAAACCCACUCAACUGAAGCAGAUCAUCGGUCAAACCGGGGAUAAAAGUAAUGCCAAGAAACUACUCCACUGGUUAACCAACUGGCACAAGAACCAGGCAAAGGGAACCAAACCACAAGGUAAAUUUUUUGGUAAGAAUGACGAUGGGUCUGGAUUUAAGGCGGCCCUUCUAUCAGGUCCCCCGGGGAUCGGGAAAACCACCACAGCUACAUUAGUGUGCCAGGAGGCAGGUUUCUCCUAUGUAGAGUUAAAUGCCUCAGACACAAGAUCAAAGAAAAGUUUGAAGGAGGUGGUCGCAGAAUCACUCGACAAUACAACUAUAGUGGAUUAUCUUGGGGUUGCUAAGAGCACUACACAUGGACACAAGCACUGCCUGAUAAUGGACGAAGUGGACGGAAUGGCGGGGAAUGAAGACCGCGGGGGACUGCAGGAGUUAGUGUCCCUGAUUAAGUCCUCCCACAUCCCUAUCAUCUGUAUGUGUAACGACAGAAAUAGUCCAAAGAUGAGGACCCUCUCCAACUACUGCUUUGACCUUCGAUUUCAGCGGCCUCGAUUGGAGCAAAUCAAGGGGGCUAUGAUGUCUGUAGCUUUUAAAGAGGGCUUAAAAAUUCCCCCACCAGCCCUGAAUGAAAUCAUUUUGGCAGCCAACCAAGACAUCAGACAAGUUCUGCAUAAUUUAUCUAUGUGGACAGCUGGAGAAAAAAGUUUGACGUAUGAUCAGGCCAAGAAAGACUCCAGUAAUGCCAAGAAGGACUUCAAACUGGGCCCUUUUGACGUUUGCCGUAAGGUUUUUGUGGGGGGAGAGGAAACAGCAGGCAUGACUAUCAAUGACAAGUCUGAUCUCUAUUUUCAAGACUACAACAUCGGUCCAUUGUUUGUGCAGGAAAACUACAUCCAUGUUAUUCCAUAUGCUGCAAAAGGUAACGUAACGCGUCAUUUGUCUCUGCUGGCCAGAGCCGCUGAUAGUCUGUGUGACGGUGACAGAUUAGACAGCUGUAUCCGUGGUAACCAGUCCUGGAGUCUGCUACCCACCGCGGCAAUGUAUGCCAGUGUAAUCCCUGGGGAGUACAUGAGAGGAAGUCUACAGCAAAUGGUCAGUUUCCCAAGCUGGCUCGGCAAAAAUUCCACCACCGGCAAAACCGACCGCAUUCUACAGGAGCUGAGAACCCACAUGUCACUACCGACCUCGGCUAAUAAGCUGAGUUUGAAUCUGGAUUAUCUCCCCUACAUGAGGAAGUUUCUGACGUUGCCAUUAGUUACCAAGGAGAAUGAUGGUAUACCUGACGUCAUAGAUCUGAUGGACAAGUAUGACAUCAUCAAGGACGACUUUGACAACAUUCUGGAGAUCACAAAAUGGCCGAACAGUGCCGAUCCAAUGUCACUCCUCAGCUCCAAGACAAAAGCAGCUUUUACGAGAACCUACAAUAAGGAGGUCCAUCUGACCCCGUAUGUUACUGGUGCCCUGACCAAGAAGGGCCGGGGUGGAGGGGCACCUGCUACCGAGGAUUAUGGUCUGGAGGGGGAGGGCGAGGACGUAGUAACCGCCCCAGAUAGCGACAAAGAGGACACAGAGGACAUAGAAAUGGACUCCAUGAUUAAGCAAGCAAAGAAAACAAAAGGGAAGGAAAAGGAAGCUAAAACCACUUCCUCCAAAGGAAAGGGGAAAGGAAAAGGAAAGGGGAAAAGCUGACAUGAGAUUCCAUUCACAAAAAAAAAAAAGAUUCAUUUGUUAGAGUGGUGUUAAUUGUGAUACAUAUAUUUCUGGACAUGGAUUAAUAGAACCAUACAGAGACACUCAAAGAAACAUAAUGAACACAUUUGGAAGAUGUAUAUGGUGAUUAUGCUGUUGUUAUCUGUUAAUAAAUUAAGUACAUUAUGAUUCAAAUCAUUAUCAGCCUCUGGAAAAAUAAAUGAUUU